AUGAACAAAAUAAAUAAUUCCUAUUUAGAUUUUAAAAAAUAAUAUAGAAAUCUAAGUUUCAAGGCAAUUUAAGAAACUUAUAAUAGAUUAGAUAAUCCAGCAGGUAAAUUAGAUAAUUUUUUGAAAACAUCAAAUUUUUCUAAGAGAAUUGAAAAAUCUUCAAUAAAUUAAUCAGAAUUAUAUCCAAAAAAGAAAGGAACUACAAAACCUAAAUAUAAUUUUAUAGAACACUAUCCAAGAUUUAAGGAUGAUUUGAAUUGUAAUUAAAAGAUUUUCGGAUAGAAAUAAACUCAGUUUCAAAGUGAUACAAUUGAAAAUAUCAGAAAUUAUUUUAAACAGAAAGUUUAUUCUUUUCAUAUUAAUUCUGAUAAAUUAGAUUAUUCUAAAGAUUUAGGAUUACCUUAACAACCUUAACAAAGAAUAAAAGAAUUAUUAAUGAUUAAGAAAGAAUAAGAAUUAUAUUAAUCUUUGAGAUAAGAAGCAAAUUUCUUAAAUCGAAAAAAAAGGAUUUUAGAAAAUUUGCAUAAAAAUGAAACUUCAAAUAAAUUAAAAUAGAGAAAUAUAAGUUAAUAUUAAUAAAAAUAUUGUUAGGUUAUGAUAAAUAUCGUAAUUAAAAUGAAUGUUUUGAGUUUAAUAAUCCAAAUGGUUUAAUAGGGGAUUAAAUGAAUUAAUCAUUUAAUCUUUCUAAAGAUUGGAAUAGUAAAUAAAGAUGUGAUACAUAAAGAAUAAAUACUUUUGAUAGAAUUAUAAGUCAAAAGCCAAUAAAUAUUUAAAUUAAUAGGGAGAGAAUGAAUUAAUUAAAAUUCAAAGAAAAUUGUGGGAGAGAUUAUAAAAUUGUAAAUUUAACAAAAGAUGAAUGA